AUGGCAUCACUUCACUCUGAUUCUGAUCGACUUGAAUCGAAGUCCAACUUUUUGACAGCGGAAAUUCUUGAUACUCCUGCCAUUAAUAGUGCCCAAUAUUCAAGUGACGUGGAACUGAUGUCCCAGCGAAUCUUGGAUGUUUUUCUGAAAUAUGCACUUAACAAAUUUGGAUAUGCACCGGACCAUCUGGAUGGUAAUGGAGAAGGCUUCCUUUCUGUGAUAGCCCGAUUUGUCGCCGAAGGUGCCCGUGUACAGGCUUGUCUCCCUGUGUUUCCCUUCAAGUCCGCGAAUAAGGUGUACAAGGUUCUCGGGAGCUUGCCAGACAAAGCAGAGGAACUAGCACUUGAUCGAUUGAACACUCUUUGCAAUUAUAUUCAGGACUUUUAUGCUCCGGGUGCUGAGAUUGUGAUUAUAUCGGACGGCAUCACCUACAAUGACAAAGAGACAUGGGAAUAUGGUGAAUCCCUACGAAGCAUGGCCAUCAAGAAGGGAUUUCGCAACAUUUCAUUCUCGCGAAUCCGAGACCUUCUUGACAUAUCUCUACCCAAUAAUCUGACUGAAAUCGUCUAUGUGGCCAAUUGUUCCAACUUUCGUCGCUUGCUUUUAAACCAAUAUGGGAAGACCAAUCUCGACAUCGACGAGGAAAUUACGAAGAACGCAGAUACAAAGCUGACAUACCUUGGCUAUAAGCGCUACACUACCCCGUGGCAUUGUUCUGUGGCUCAACUUGCAGAUGGGGUAUGGGUUAGUGCUCCGAUGGGCGAGUUCAGUCAGGAUACUCGGUUGGAAUUGGUUCAUGUCCAGGGAACCCCCAGCCACUACAGGGAGAAAUUGUCCGGAGGGGGACAUAAUCCCAUCAGCGAGACAACGGCAAGCUAUCUCCAGUCCGUUAAGCCCAUCAAAGCCACUGCGUACGUCAAUAAUGCAUUCAAGGAUGCAUCAUCAUUUGCAUCCUCUUCUAACGAGGAUUCCGUCUCUUCAUCCGAGGGAAAAUACGCUGACAGCCGUUUCACUAUCCUGGAUACCCUAGCAACGUCGGAGUUUUUGUCUCCACUAUUUGGCCUGGGAAUCGAGAUAUCUUCGAAGCCUGGAGUUGUGCCAUCGCCGCUGGAAACAAAGGCUGGGGUGUCAACGGAAUACGGUAGAAGGCUCAUCCCCCAGAUAAUAAAUGAACUUGCUGCUUCCGAGCCGGAAAGAACCGUUUUUUCUCUUGCGUCGCUCUCAAAUGGCUUUCUCAAACUCAACCCAAUUUCUGCUCAACGGUUCACCAGAGCAGUGGAUAAGACUGCCUGGUGGCUUCGCGAUCAGGUUGGCACCCCCGAUUUACUUCAGCCCAUGGCUUACAUUGGACCACGCUCUUUUCCUAUCCCCAAAAACAAUGCAGACGGAAUAUUGGCUGUUCUCAACAAACUGGACUGCAAUAUCUGGGUCAAUGCAAUUGACGCAUCGCCGGUCCCCGUGGUCAAGGAUGUUUUGCAGGAGCGGCCUAUGAAGUAUUUGCAGCUUCCGACGCUCGACCUGCUUCUUGAUGCUGAGUCUACCGAAGCUUUCCCCUACACAAAGACCUUUGAUGAGGCCAUUAAUGAUCCAUUCUCUCGACUGAUGCCACCCAUCGGUGAAAACGCUGAUUUGGCGCCUUGGACUUCAGACUGGAAUGAAGGGGACAAGAUAUACUCAUCCUUCCCAAUGAGUCACGGCGCUGGAAUCAUUAUGGAUAUUUUGAUGCCUGCACUUUUCAAUCUUCACUGCAUCUUGGGACCAGUUGGUGUAUUACCAAAUCUGAACCUAGUGGGCAGGCUAGCUGUAGAUGUGAAGAUUGAUAUCUGGAGUAUGGUCCCUUCGCUCGUUGAUGAACUGGGCGAAGCCUCCGAAAUCCUGGAGCAUCUCCAUCCCAGCAAGUUCAUCUGUGCAUCUGGAGGUCCUGUUAGUCCAGCCAACGCUGGCAAGGUGAAUGAGAUUGUCAGAGUCCUUAACUUGACUGGUACAACUGAAGGCCUCUUCAUUGGAAAUUUGAAGCCCGCGAGAGAAGAUUGGUUCUGGUUUUGCUUCCAUCCUUACUCUGGAUUCGAGUUUAAGGAGCUCGAAACCGAUACCUAUGAGCACUGGGUACAUCGCAACGAGCAAUGGGCUCUUUUCCAAGGGAUUUUCCACACAUUCCCGGAUCGAAAUUCAAUCAACUUCAAGGACCUUUACAUGCAGCACCCUACCAAGCCCAACUUACGGGCCUUCAAGGGAAGAAGCGAUGAUCCUGUGGUCCUGUCGAAUGGAUAUAAAAUAUCGCCCCUGGAGACAGAGGCAUUUAUCACAACUCACCCCGACAUCAGUGGUUGCUUGAUUUUUGGAACCGGAAAGCCACAAGCCGGCCUACUCAUUGAGUUGAAUGAUCCAUCUAACAAAUUACCUGAGCUGAUCGACAGGAUUUGGGUAAAAGUUCAGACAGCAAAUUCUAUGUCCCGGCACAAAAAUCAGCUACUCAAAGAUUUCAUCACUUUUGCACUCCCUGAGAAGCCCUUCUUGCGAACGGACAAGAGAACAAUCAAACGAUCUGCUACACUGAAAUUGUACUCAGACUACAUUGAGCGAUUCUACAGUUCGCGCAAUGAUGAUGUCAAUCAAGUUGUGACUUUUGAUAUGAGCUCAGUUGGGGCAAUCGAGGAUUCUAUACGAAUGGCUCUUAGAAGCUCUCUCUCAGAAGCUCAGAGCGUACUUCGAGAAAAAGACAUAUUUUCUGUUGGACUUGACUCUCUCGGCGUUUUCGCAGCUGUCAAAACCAUCCGGGUAGUCACAGGCUUGGGUGAUAAGAUAUCACCUCGUCACUUCUACGCCAAUCCGACGAUUAUGAGCCUUUCUACGACGAUUUCUACACUAUUCACAGACGCAAAGAAUGCAGAAUCUGAGGGGAUGAACGAUCUUAUCGCUCAGCAUAAAGCAAGACAGUCCUUCCGCUUAGAUGCCUUCGACUACGUUAACCCAAAUCAUGGCAUGGGCAUCAUGUUGUACUUUUCCAUUCACGAGGAAAUUCCUUACAAGCAAGUUUUUCAAAAUCUCCAACAAGGGUUGAAUCGUACAUUCGACAUGAUACCUGCUCUUAGUGGAAAAAUGAUGUACUGCUCCGAACAGGAGAUUGGAUAUAAAAAGGAGAUCUUUGAUCUCUCCGACGUCCUUCCGCCAUUUGAGAAAUUGAAAGAGGCAGGCUUCCCACCUUCUGCUGUCCUAGACAGCCUCGUUCUGCGAGAAGACCCGUUUCCGAAAUUCCCUGCGGACAUUUUCUCAGGCCAAGUGAGCUUCAUUUCCGGUGGCUGCAUUGUUGCUCUUGACUUAAACCACUGUUGCCUCGACGGUCUGGGGGUCAUGGUUGUUCUCAAGGCCUGGGCGGAGAAUUGCAGGUAUCUUCAAGGUGAUCAAGGAGCAACUUGCUCCUGGUUUCACCUGGAGAGCUUCAACCACGCACUACCGGAAAUCAUCCACGAGAAAGAGGGCUGGGCUCGCCCGGUCAAAGAGAUUGACCCUGGUAUAUGGGGAUUCUUACCGUUCUUCCCACCUGAUCAAUACCAAGAGAGUGUUGAAGAAACUACCAUUGUAUAUGAGAAUAACAAGUUACCUCCGGCACUUGAUUUCAAGUUGCAUGAUAUUUGGCCGCUCCCACGCGCUGAACGGUGUACCGAAACAACAAUGUUCCUGAUCAGGCCUGAAAGCCUGGAGAAAAUGAAGCAAGAGGUGAUAUCCGAUCCCGAAUCAAAGGGGAUGCCCAUCGAGACGCUUUGCUCUGAUCACACCACAAUUGGCCGCGUCGCGUAUCUGCUUCGUGAGUCUGCCGCACGCAUCACACCUUCAUUCAUCCAUGAUACGUUGUCAAUUCUGCAGUCACUGCCAAAUCAUGAACGAUUUUCAACCGCAAACAUGGGACUCGAACAUAUGCAUGCUAUGAUUUCCAACAUGAUGCUUUUCCCAGCCAACGAGGUUUGCUUUGGCGAUGCCUUCUUUGCCAACGGAGGAUGCCCUAUUUCCCUGAGACCACAGGUUGAGCGUGGAAAUGGACGUUUUAGAUUCCUGGUAAUUCUCCCCAUCAGGAAGGAUGGCGGAAUUGAGCUUGUCUUCGGUACAUAUCCGGAGGAACUGAAGAUGUUUCUAGCAGACAAAGAGUUCACGAAGUAUGCCGAGCUUCUCGCUUUGUUCUGA